AUGGGAUCAACAGUAUGCCGGGUCUGCCUGGCAAAUUCCGACGACAUGGUCAAUAUAUUUGAAGAGACAGUGGGAGUUUCCAUUGCGACUAUGUUAUCCGAGUGUACAAGGUUUAAAAUUAAGAAAGGUGACCGAUUUCCGGAAAACAUUUGCAAAUCCUGCCUGCAGGACGCAAAAACUGCAUUCAAGAUGAAGAAAACCUACGAAAGGAGUCGCCAGAUCUACUGCCAAUUAAAUAAGGAUUCAUUGAAGGACGACCUACUGGAGGAGGAAGUGUGCGAGGUUUCGGAUUCCGAGAAUGAGGAUUCAAACAUUGAUGGAGAAGUUCUUGACCAUGUUGACCAAACAAUAAUAAAAGUCGAGGAUCUGGAUAAGGGUUCUUUAAAGGAAGAUGUGUCCAAAAAGUCGGAUAGCGAGAAUAUGGAAUCCAACACUGAUGGAAAAGCUCUUAGCCCUGUUGAUUCAGCAAAAGGAGAUGGUUAUGAGGAACCCCAUAUAAAAGUGAAAAACGAACCACUUGAAGACACUUUUGAGGAAGAAUACAGUCCUAUUUCAGAGAGCGAUUUCGAUCAGUGCGACAGCCAAGUGAAGAUCGAGCAAAGGGAAGAUGAUUUCCAAGAAAGUGAUCAUGGCUCCGGAAAUAAUGAAAUGAAUAUUUAUAGUCCGCACAAAUGCUCCUAUUGUCCGAAGAUUUGCAUAUCAAAAUCACAUCUUGAGCGACACCUACUAACCCACACAGAACAAGAGAUACGGUGCUCCAUUUGCUCAAGAAUUUUCGCAAAUCGUGGAAAUCUUACAAGACAUUUAGCUGUCCACAAACGAGAACGACCGUUCAAGUGUGCCCAAUGUCCAAAGGCCUUCAAAACGGAUGGACAACUAACGACACACAUGAAAGGUCACACAGGAAAGCCAACAUUUAAGUGCACCAACUGCCAAAAAACAUUUUCGAAAGAUGCGACAUUACAAAAACAUUUGCGAACCCACACAGAAGAACGGCUUUAUCAGUGCUCUCUUUGCUCAAUGUCUUUCUUAAACGGUGCAAAUCUUUCAAGACACUUUAUUACCCACACAGGAGAACGACCGUUCAAGUGCACCAAAUGUCCCAAGCGGUUCACCCAGAAGUGCAAUCUCCGUGUUCACAUGCUAGGCCACACAGACAAACGGCCCUUCGAGUGCGCCCAUUGCUCCAAGAGCUACGCAGUGAACUCACAGCUUCAGAUCCACCUAAAAACGCACGCAGAGCACCAAUUUAAGUGUACCCACUGCCCAAAAACUUUCUCACUAGAUACCAACUUUCAAAGGCAUUUGCUAAGGCACACAGGAGAACGACCGUACAAGUGCUCCCUUUGCGCAAAGACCUUUACAACUGCUGUCAAUCUUGAAAGACAUUUUGUUGUCCACUCAGGAGAACGGCCGUACAAGUGCUCUCAAUGUCCAAAGACCUAUAUCCAGGAGGAGCAUCUUCGGGCACAUACGAAAGGCCACACGGGCUCCCACGGGCGAGAAGGGGAAAAUAAUGGCAGCCCAAGGAAGAGGGAGCACUCCAGAUCUAGAUCCCUCUCGUCCGACCAGUAGGAUCCAAGAUCUUCCCGGUAUUGUCACCCCCCAAGGAGUCGGAAUCGCUGCCGUAGUGGUAGCUUCUACUGGAGAGACCGACAAAGGAGUCAUUAUUGGCGAUCCCACCCUGAUUUGGGAGAUCCAUUUGCCAGCUGUCGAUGCCGACAUCGUCCCACUUUCCUGUGUUUCGUACAUCAAAAUAUUGAAUACAAAAUAAAAACAAGAAAGGAAGUUUAUAACA